AUGGAGAAUCCUACAGUGGUGCCACAAAGUAGUUGUAUAGAUAUUUCAUCACCCAGCAAUGGAAGCUGCUCCAAGCCAAAGAGAAAAAAGUUGAAAGGGAAACGGGCCGUUGUGAGAUGGCUCAAAUUCUUCAGAUGGAAAAAGAAAAAAGAGUACAAUAGGAUGACUGCAGAAGAGAAAAUACUGUACAAACUGCGAAAGGUAAAUUCUUGAUUGCAUCUGCUUCAUUUUUUUUUUUGGCUUAAGUCUCCUCUUGAUGGUUGUCUCAGGCCUAUAUUAUACAGAUAUGACUAAUGGAUAGAAAUGCUCGAAAAUUUUACAUAUCUAGUGUGAUAUAUGUGGAUUUUUACCUGGUUUGGUUUUUUUUUUUUUCUAUGGAUUCUUAUCUGUUAUGUAUGUAAAUAUAUGAUAACUUUUAUGUUGUCUAGUUUAGCUCGUGCGUAUUCUCGUGUGCAUAGUACUGAUGUUUUACUAGUGUCAGAGGAUGAAAUAUGUUUCACACCUUUCUAUAAUCAUUGUCUUAAACACCCAUACUGCUACCCUUGGUUCAAAGAUUGUGCCUCUUGCUGGUAUUGUCAUCGGUGCUUGAUGAGAUGAGUAAUGGACGAGUUUUCAUAGGAAUUCUUUCGCUCCAUUAUGGUGGCCAACUUUGAGGCAACCCGUUUAAAAAUAUGAAGUAAUAGUAGCAGAAUGUGCUCACUUAAUCUCCUUUGUGAUGAUCAAAGCUACUUUUAAUUGUUCUUUCUGCCUCUCUCUCUCUCUCUCUCUCUCUCUCUCUCUCUCUCUCUCUCUCUCUCUCUCUCUCUCUCUCUCUCUCUCUCUCUCUCGCUUUCUCUUCUAUACUCUACAUAAGGUUCUACGGUGAUCAAGGCAACAGCUGCUCUAACUUUAAUAAUGUUUAAUAGAAUCAUAUAGAUGAUAAAAUUUUAAGGUAAUUAUUAUGCUAAAUAAAUUCAUUGAAUCCAAGGUAAGGAAAAAAUUAAGAUACCCAUUGGCCAUUCGUGUAGAAAAAUAUCGCAUGCUUGGUUGAAAUAAUUGGCUUGUUUAUUGAUUAAAAACCAAGCACAUGAACAGCGCAGCUGUGAAGCUGUGUUGGCGCAGAAAUCCAAGCUCCUUUGUGUGUGUGUGAAUUGAGUUGAUAUCAUUGUUGUAUGUUCGCCCGAGAUGUUAGUGAUCCUCGGCUGUUCAUGCAAGCUUUGGGAUUUUGAUCGCCCUCAGUUGUUUGCGGUCACAGGCCAAGAAGAAGGAGACGCGGCUGGCUGAAGCGUUGGAGAAGAUCGAGCCUUCGUCGGCCUCAGCGGAGGUCACCCACGACCCCGAGAUACUUACUCCUGAGGAACAUUUUUACUUGCUUAAGAUGGGCCGCAAGAGCAAGAACUACGUGCCCAUCGGAAGGCGCGGGAUCUUUCAGGGGGUGAUCCUGAACAUGCAUCUACACUGGAAGAAGCACCAGACGCUGAAGGUGGUAGUGAAGACCUUCACCCCCCCGGAGGUCAGGGCCAUCGCGGCGGAGCUGGCCAGGUUGACUGGGGGGAUCGUCCUCGACGUCCAGGAGGAUGAGGACACCAUCAUCAUGUACAGGGGAAAGAACUACGUGCAGCCGCCGCCGGAGAUCAUGUCUCCGAGGGUUACUCUCUCCAGGAAGAAGGUACGCAAAAGAGGGAUUUUUAUUAUUUCUAUUCUUUCCUCUUUGAGUAGGUGGGGGUCGACCUGGGCAUGCAGCGAGCGGUGGGAAUUUUGAAUCCCACGGCGCGCGUGAUCCUAUGUCUGUGUUCUCUUCUUCUUCUUCUUCUUCUUCUUCUUCUUCUUCUUCUUCUUCUUCUUCUUCUUCUUCUUCUUCUUCUUCUUCUUCUUCUUCUUCUUCUUCUUCUUCUUCUUCUUCUUCUUCUUCUUCUUCUUCUUCCCCUCCAGGCGUUGGACAAGUCCAAGUACAGAGAUGCCCUGCGGGCUGUUCAGAAGUACAUACCGAGGCUGGAGGAGGACAUGGAAGCCCUGCGGACGCCGCCGAAAGCCGGAGCGCAGCUCAAAGCCUCUGCGAGGGCCGGAGGCACGCUUGACGCCGCCGCCGCCGCCGCCCCCGGCGGAGAGGGAAGCCUGCUCGGGUUGGGGGAGAGAUGGUCCGGAGAUGAUGAUGAUGACGCCCAUCUUUCGGCGGAGGACGGAACGACGGAAUCGGAGAUGCUCUCGGAAUCCGAGGCCCUGUCGGACAUUUUCGACUCGGAUUCUGAGGGAGAGACGAGACGAGAGGAGACGCGGCGACCCCUGUAUCUGGACACGAUCGAGGAUUUCUUCGCGGACAAGGACAGAGAAUCCGCGGAGGAUGAUCAUCCUACGGAGCCGCUGCCCACUGCCUCGGGGGAGAGCUCUUCUCGUGCUUCCCCCGGGAAAGAGCUGGAAUCCUCGGAGGUAGACGAGAUCGACAAGAUGUUCCUGCAAGCGACCACGCUCCUGAAGAGGAGGCCGGUCGGUCGGAAGAAAUGA